CCGACCCGCGUGCGUUACCGCCGGCUGCGCGCUCCUCCGGUGGACCGCCGCCGCCGCCGCUAUGGAUGUGCUGUGGAUGAUGCCGCCGCUGCUGCUGCUGGUCCCGCUCCUGCUGUGGACCAGCAGCACGUUUGUUUUCUAUUUCAAAAAGUGCUUUUACGUCGCCUGGAUGAUGUUUCUGGCCCUUGUGGCGAUCCCCCUGUGCAUACUGAAGAGCGGAGGGAGAGAUAUUGAAAACAUGAGGAUCAUCCGCUCCCUCGUCCGCCACGUCAAGUACUUCCUGGGUCUUCGGUUUGAAGUGAGUGGGUGGGAGCAUCUGCAGACCGAGGGUCCCUACGUCAUCAUCUCCAACCACCAGAGCUCCCUGGAUGUUUUGGGUCUGAUGGAGAUCCUACCCGACCGCUGCACCAUGAUUGCCAAGAAGGAGCUGAUUUACGCCGGCACGGUGGGCCUCACUUGCUGGCUGGGCGGCAUCGUCUUCAUCAACCGCAAGAAGACGAGCGACGCCAAGAGCGUCAUGGCCGACGCGGCGAAGACCAUGCUGGACGAGCAGAUUCGCCUGUGGGUGUUCCCCGAGGGGACGCGCAACCAGAGAGGCGACCUGCUGCCCUUCAAAAAAGGUGCUUUCCACCUCGCAGUGCAGGCGCAAGUUCCCAUCAUACCCGUGGUUUUCUCCUCCUAUAGCAACUUCUACCUACGAAAAGAAAAGCAGUUCAAAUCUGGAACCAUCAGAUUGAACAUCCUUCCAAAAAUCGAGACAAAGGGAAUGACGAUGGACGACGUGUCGUCGGUGUGCGACAAGUCCUUCGACGUGAUGCGCUCCGCCUUCCUGAGCAUCUCCAGCUCCGUAACCCAGAGCAACGGGCCCGUGAGGCACUGAACUUCUCCCAUGCUCCCGCGUCUCUUAUCUGCCAUCGUCUGAGACCUGUUCCUGCCCCCCCUCCCCCGUUAAGACCACCCCUCCCCUCCCCGCCCUGCUCUACCACAGGUUGUCCCAUCGCCUGGCCAGGAAAACGACGUGACACGAGCCGUUUGUCUUGAAAUCUCUCCCCGUCUCGUUGACGCCCGGUCCGGCCCGCAUCCGGCCCGACCGUACAGCGCAGCCGGUCCUGACCCUCGCCGCGUCCGCUCUGCACGCGGCGAGCGGAGUGACGGACGGCCAAGCCGAACAGUGUGGACGUGCGUCCUUCAUGCAUGCCUUUUUCUUUUUUCUUUUUUUUUCUUUUUUUCGGAUGGCUCUGUCCACCUUCAUUCUCGCUUUUUGGAAAGCUUUGGUAUUUUUUCGUUUUUGCCUUCCUUCCCCGCUUCCGUCUCCUCCUGCCUUCUGAUGAGCAGCUCAGCUCGUGGCAGUUUUUCUGUCUUCUUUCUUCUUUUCCUUUUUUUUUAUUUCUGUUCAUAAAUGUCUGCAGAUAUUUAUGUUUUCCUCUCACGUUGCCUUGGUUUCAGUUUUCUUUGGAUGCUUACACACACAUAUAUUCAAGAUACUGCUUACUUAACGCUUUUCACUCGUUUUCCUCCACGUCUGUUUUCCAGUUUCUUUGCCUAAAACAGAGCAGUUUCUCCACAAACUGGAGAUGGGAGAUCAAUUUUUUUUUUUUUUUUUUUUUAAAUCUGUUUUUGUUCCGUCGCUCUGAAUUCAACUCUGUAAUCACGUUGGCUCUCAAUCGCAGCGAGCUCUGUGACAUCCGCCGUGAUGUCAGGGAGCGAGGAAUGCAAGGUUACAAGAUACCAUCUAUAACAAUAGCACCCAUCUGUACUGAAUUAAUAGACUCCAGUGAACUGGUCGGUUCUCAGUGUCGUGUGUUUGUUGGUGUCUCAUCGUGCAUUCUUUCAACUCGGCUCUCCAAAAUGAGUAGGAAAGCCCCACGUGCAGCACCCAGCAGCAAGUGUCUUCUUAGCUGUGCUCUUUAGUCUCUAUUUAUUAUUAUUUUAUUUUUUUUUAGGGUUUUUUUUUUCCAAAGUGAUCUCCUCAGAAGAAUCUCAUGGGUGAGCCUAUUUAAAAUGUGUCAAAAAAAAAGGUGAUUUUUUUUUUUUUUUUUUUUCAAGUGCAAUGUCCAACCGUUCUCGCAUUACUGCUCCAAAGUGCAAGCCACCUGCCGUGCCAUGUCGAAGAUUUUCCAGUGUCAGCCCGUUAUCGCACUACUCUCCGAUUGAUCGCCUUUUACCAAUCAUAGAAGGUGGACCCUGUUAGAAGAAAGAAGAUGAUAAAACUCGAGGUGAAAUGUGAAAUAAUUAACAUUUUACUCAGAUUUUUCUGUAACUUUGCGUGAUUUUAUUGGUCGGAGACAAUGAAAAUAAGGUUUGCUGGGAUGAGGAAAUUCAUUUUUGAUCAACUUGUUUAAAAAAAAACAACUUAAAUUUUUCGAUUAAACCUCCAGCUGUGUUCAUGUUGAUUUCAUGUAUAACCACUUGACUGUAAACACACCUUCGUUUAACCUCAAGACAUCAUUUCAUGUACAACACUGUGCAAAGCUUUCAAACAACUGUAAGAACACUAGAUAGUAAAUCAUAAACCCUUUUUUUAGCACUUAAGGCAAAUUACAAAGGGUAAUCAGCAUUGCAGCAUUUAGCCUGCUCCUCAUUUCGCCCUGACAGCAGCAUCACUCCUCAGCACAGCUGCACGAAGUAUUUCUAAGAACUUAGAGGUUGUUUUAGCACAGAUCAGAUCUUCUGUGGACGUAGUUUACUUCAGAUAAACAAACCUGAUUGUAUUCAUAUGAUGACUGUAUUGUACGUUUUGGGUUGUUUCAGACGUGAUAGAUUAAAGUAGAAGUAGAGUUAUAGAACGCCAUCCAGAAGCUUCUGCACAGGACUGUAUGUGUAAUCAGCCUUCACUUUUCCCACUUCUGAACGGGUCGUGAACGCACCAUUAGUCUUUUGGAGUCUAUUUUUAAAUUGCUAAUUGAAAUGAUACUGAUUGAGAGCGAUUGAUUAAACUCCAAACAGGGAGAACGUGCGAAUUCACCCAGUAUUCUGUCAGUUUGAGGCUAAAGCCACCGUGUGGCGCUCUAUUGAAACACAGCCAGAUUACAUGGAAGCAACAUGAACGUUUUCUCGUCCUCACAAACCGUUUAUUUCACUGACUCUGGUGUUUCUAACUGGAGAGAUUCACUAAUUAACAAUGAAAAACCUGAUAAUUCUACUUAAAACUAAAUUAUGAUGUAUUUUUGAUUGACUACGUAAAGCGUUGUCCCUGAUUUCAUUGCAAUAAAGGUGAAAACCAAUUUGAAUUUAGUCGUGACGUUCCGAUUCACAGCUGGAUACUAGAUUAUUUAAAGAGUUGUGGAGAUUUUUGGCCUUAAGUUUGAUUUGUUGCUAUUGUUGUUGCACUUUUGGGUCGUUAAACGUUUGCAUAUAAUCAAUUCCUUCUGUUAUUUUGUAACACGUACUGACAGUAACCAUUGGUAAAUAUGACUGAACUUUUUUUGUUUCUUUUUUUUUUUUUUUUUAUUAUUGUUGGAAUCCAGGUCUUAAUUUUCAUAUUUCUCACUGCCUUUACACACUGUCUGCAAAAUCACUUUUUUUUUUCUUUUUUUUUCCCCUCAUGAAUCACCAUCUGAGAAUGUAUCGCAGCAUUCAGGAUAUUUCUGUUAAUAGUUGCAUUUUUUUUUUCUUUUUUCUUUUAAAGAGCGAAGCAUUGACAACAAAUCUCCAAGAUAUAUUUAUUUGAGCAUUAAAUGUUUAAAUUUGGACUGGUUGCCGUGCGCGCUGACCCCCCCCCGGGGGUCUCCUGUGAACGGAUUUCUCUCUACUUUGGGACUAAGCCUGUACACUGCUGUUCAUAGUGAGUGUAACAGUAGUUUUAGUGAUACCUGCUGUAAGUACAUGUGAAAGUCUGGAAUUCCUUAUUUUGAAGGCCAGUGUGGAAUAUUACUCCCCUUAUCUACUAAUAUCUAAUAUUGACUGACCCAGCUCUUUCUCUAUAUAUUUAUUGAUUUCUUUUUUUUGUCUCUCAGAGCAGUUUUUUUUUUUCUUUUUAAUCUUUUUUGCAGCAAGUGUUUCGAAUGUUGAAAAGCUCUACCAAAUUGGUUUCUUCCAAAAUACGAACUAUAUGAUUAAGUUAAUGGGAGUGUUUUUGCUCAUUAACAGUUGAUUUGUAGACUUUGGUUGAAUCAUUCAGUCGUGUUUUCUUUUUUUUUUUGUCCUUCUCAGUCUUUCCUCUACUUUUCUUUGUUUAGGGCGGUUGUUUACGGAUCAAUUAUGUAAGAUACUGGAAAAGUUUCAAAGUAUUCUCAACCUUUAUUAAAGCACUUUUCAGGCUGAGUUUUGGGUGGGGA